GUCAGUGACGUUGCCACUGCAGGCGAGGUAUCUUCCGCCGCCCUUCACUCGCCUUUCUGAGCCAAACGGCCUUCACAGAGAGGAUUAUGGGUAGCCGGAGGUCAUGGAUAUUGCCCUCUAUGCGUGUCACGGCCUCAUCAUGGAAGAAUCUGGCAAUAAAAGAGGGGGAGAAGAGAGGUAGGUGGCAUCGAAUUUCAGGGGGCUGGUAAAGGAGGACAUCUAAAGAGUCACAGCCAGCGUUCAAAACUCUCCAGCGCUGAGUUCCAGUUACCAAACUUCCGUCUUCUUCUUCUUCUUCUUCUUCUUCUUCUUCUUCUUGUUCUUGUUCUUCCUGCUCCUUUCCUCCUGUUCACCACCCACCUUUGCAUCUUCAGCUUCGUCAGAUCUAUAUUCAACCCUUCUUGUCCCCCCUUGGGAGAGUAAACAGGUGUGUACUCUCUUCCUCGACUCGCAGGCGUCACAUUUUGCCUCAUAACUGAUAAACGGCUGAUUUUCCGCAGAAAAAGGGCAAAUACAGCACAGUUCUACCGGUUCAAGGAACAGGGAUAUCUCAAAAUGGUCUCUCCUUUCAUCAUAGAUUCGGCCGCUCCCAUAGCAAAUCUAUCACCUGAGAGCGCCAGAGAACCAGCAAAAAAGAAACAAAAAGUGGUGCCAGGGCUGGAACCCGAGUACUUUGCCUCACAGGAGUCGUUCACCUCCGAGUAUUUCCCCUUGGAAGGCCCCUUUGGGGGAAAAGUUCCUGCUACUGUUCCCCUAGCAGCAGUGAUCUGGAGAGACUACUGCGAUGGCACACAUCUCCUCCUGGACAAUGACAAAAACAAAAUCAAAAUCAGCAUGGACAGCGGCGAGCCUGGCAUCCAAUUCAAGUAUAAAUGCCUUAACGCGAUGAUUAUCAACUUCCCCAAGGGCUUGCCUGAAAACUUCGCCGAUGUUUUUGCGGAAUUGGCAGCCGCCCGCGUCCGCUACUUUGCAACUCAUGAGGUUUACAGGAAAGAAAAGAGGGCUCUGGAAGAGUCAGAUGCUAUUACCCAGCAACUCCACAUGAAACAACGGGAUAUACACUCCAACCCGGGCUAUUAUGAGCCGAAUGCUGCAGAGAACAACAGUAUUGCACUGAAGGAGUGUGUUGCAGAAUGCGAGUAUCAACGAGGGCACUUCGAAAACAGAAAAAAUUCCCUCGUAUCUUCCGCUCAAUUAUUCAUGGAAGCAAAGGAAAAGGCAAUGCCCUUCGUGGUUCGACUCCAGAAAUUUUAUGCCGAUAUGAAAGAAGCCUACAGCAAGGCGAAGGAAGCCGAAGCCAAAAGACUCGAACAAGAGAAGGCCGAGAAAGAAAGGCGCCAGAAAGCAAUAGCCGAAAAGGAGAAAUUGGCCAAGCAGAAACGUUCCAGGGACAGGGUCGUGAAGGAGAGACGCCAAAGGACCGAUGCAGCUACGAAAGCACGUUUGGACCAUGACGCCAGAGCUUGGGCCGAGUAUUUGGCAAGGAGCGAGCGCAUGCGAAACGGAGCCAACGAUGCUGCUAAACAACACGGUGGAAAGCAGGUCAACCUUCAAUAA